UUAAACAAUUUCACUUUUAUUGUUUAGUCAUCAUAUUAUCUUAAGGAAGUUUCCUGAUUUGUCUAGAAUAUUUGGUCACAAUUGUUACAUACUUUAAAUAGCAGCAUACAACCUAGUAGGCAUUUAGUUUCAAAAUGGAGUUUCCACAUCUCGGUCAACACUGCAACGAAUYCACCUGUAAUCGCUUAGAUUUCCUGCCAUUUAAAUGUGAUUCCUGUACUAAGGUAUUUUGUUCGACACACUUUAAUUAUGAUAACCACUCGUGUACGGGUCCACGUCGUAAAGAUAUGCAAGUUCCCAUUUGUCCAUUGUGUGGGGAGCCAGUACCCACAGCGCCAGGUGUCGAACCCGAUAUAACAGUGGGUCGUCAUAUUGAUCAACAGUGCAAAUCCGACACAAAGAAAAUUUAUACAAACCGUUGCAGCUAUAAAAACUGCAAAAAGAAGGAGCUUGUUCCAGUUACCUGUAGAGAAUGUAGAAAAAAUUAUUGUUUGCGUCAUCGGCACACUGCAGAUCACGAAUGUAACAGUGCAACGAGUGGAAAUGUAGAUAAGCGUGCUUUAGCAGCUACUGCUGCUGAAUAUCGUCGCACAAACAAGCCAACUUCACUGUUCAAUGCUCAGCCAAAACGAAAUGCAGUACCGACUGGCACACAAGUGCAAAAUAUUCAAGGAAAUAUGACGGAAGAUGAAGCGUUGGCGCGGGCACUUGCUUUAUCAAUUAUGGAAUUAGACGAAAAUGCGGAUCGGGAACGGCGCAAUCAAGCUGCUUCGAAUUCUUCAGUACAAGCCAAUGCUACAGUACGUGUAGGCGGUCGUGAUGGACAAACCACAAAUGUCAAGGACAAAUGUUUACUCUCGUAGUAUGGYUGCAACGAAUUGUUAGGAUUUAGAUGUUUUAUAGGCUGUAUAAGAUUUAAUUUACAAAAUCUAAUUUAAUGAAUGAAUAUUAUAUAAUAUACGCAUCUGCAUUUAAUAUAAAUUUGUUUAAGAAUUUAAAAUACUUUUUGAAUUCUUAUACUUUUUGGCUUCUUAUGUGGUGCACCGGCAUAUACUUUACAUUUGUAUGAAUUAUAGGUAUUUGUAUUCAGUUAGUAAAAAUUCCUAUUUCCUUAUAUUUUGUAAGUUAUUAGUGGUGGAGUUCAAUUUAGCAGACUAUAAUAAUGAUGACGCAUUGCCCAUUGUAGCGGGUCAUUGUUGUACUUGAUUUACAAAUUGUAGUUGUUCGUUUUAAAUAAUAUAGACGCUUAUAUAUUAAAAUAUA